UUCCCUUACUCUAUGGACACAUUUGGUGAAGUAAAACACGAAUGGCCAAGCCUAUUUUUUCGAUUUAGUGUUAUACGCUAUUGUUUUUUAUUAUUAUUUUAAUCCUAAAUAUCAAACUACAAUCAUGGUUGUUAAAAUAUACAUUAGUGGUAUUUCUGGAAACAAGGAGGUGAAGAAGAGACAACAGCGUGUUAUGAUGAUAAUGGAUUCUAAAAACAUUAAAUAUGACAUCAUUGACAUCACGGAACCGGGAAGGGAAGCGGAUAAAGACUUUAUGCAAAACAACUCUACAUCGAAUGGAGGGACCGUAAGCGACCCCAACCCGCGGUCCCCGCUGCCUCCGCAGAUCUUCAACGACAAGGAGUACUGCGGGGAUUAUGACCAGUUUGACCUGGCAAAUGAAGUGGAUACGCUGGAGGUAUUCUUGAAAGUGGAGCUUCCUCCAGAAGAGCCGCCAGCAGCAGAAGAAAAGGUUGUGAAUGGGGAUGCUCAGAAAACUGAAAAUGGAGAUAGUAAGGCCUCCAAGGAGAACUCACAGGAAAGGGAUACCAAAUCUGCAGAAAAAGAGGGUACUCCUGCACCAAAGGAAGGAUCACAAGAGAAAGAAACACCCCCACCCAAGGACGGAACUCCUUCAAAAGAAGGAACACCAGCACCUAAGUCUAAAGAAGGAACACCAGCACCUAAGUCUAAAGAAGGUACUCCUGCUCCCAAGUCUAAAGAAGGGACACCUGCCCCCAAGUCUAAAGAAGGUACACCAGCACCCAAGUCUAAAGAAGGUACACCAGCACCCAAGUCCAAGGAAGGUACACCCGCACCCAAGUCUAAAGAAGGUACUCCUGCCCCUAAGUCUAAAGAAGGUACACCUGCUGCAGAUGCCCCGAGGGAAGCUUCACAAGAAAGACAAUCUGUUGAAAAGGAGGCACCAGUUGAAGAAACAAAGGUGUCUGAUGUAGAGUCCGCAGUUAAAUCAGCAAAAUCCUCAAAAGAAAGUACACCGCAAAGGGAAAAUGGUUCUGUGGGGUCUCGCGAACAAUCUCAAGAUAAAGAUGAGGCUGUAGUAAAGAAGACUAACCCAUCUGAGGCUUUGAUCGAGAGUGAGCAGGCGGCCGCUGCGGAGUAAAUGACUGGUUAUAUUUACUGCUUCUCAGCUCAAAUUAAGCCCCUCUUAGCACUAAGCGAGCUUAUCCAUUAAGUCUAUUCUGUUAUUUAUGGUGCAUCAUUCACUUCUUUGGCAUAAUUAGUCAUUGUAUAUAAUGCGAAGAAGUUUUCGUUGAGAACUUGUGUUGUGGCGAUGUAUAGAGUAUCAUGUUAACAAUGAAGUGGCCUAUUAUCGUAAUCAUUAGAUUUAUAACUCAUUUUAAUGAAGUUAAACAUUAAGAUUUCUAUUUAACAAAUUUAUCCUUCAAUUAAGGCUUGUAUUAUUUUAAAGUAUUAAUAUUUCUUUUUUUAAUUUUUUACACAUUAACUAAAAAUGGAUUUGUAUUCAAAUUAAAAAAAUAUAUUUUAUUUACUGAUGUAAGUAUUUUACUAAUAAGAUUGAUCUUUUAUUAGGAUUUUAGGUAUAGUUAACGCUAUCUCUACUGAGCUCGUUCACUUACGUACUAACAAUGGCAUUCUGUUAAACAAAAGCCAUUAUUUCUUUUGUGUGAGCGCGUGCUGGCCUUUGUGCCUGAGGCUCACACACAAUGGCCACGCGCCCAAUCACAAAGGCCACGCGCUCACAUAAAAAAAAUAAUGGCUUUUGUUUAACAGAAUGCCAUUGUUAGUACAGGUAAGUGAACGAGCUCAGUAGAGAUAGCGUUAACUAUAUCGUUUUUGUAAGACAUCCUGCCGAUUUUUGAGUUCAUUCGUCUUGCCAUGAUUAUAUUGACGAUGACAUUUUGCUAGAGUAUUAAUUAAUGUAUUUAUAAAGUAAAUUUAAAUAAAUGCAGUGUUUAUUUUGCAAAAACUGUUCAUGACAAGUCUAUUUCAUUAAUGUUUUAUUAUUAAAGACAGUUUUUAACUAAUUUUUCAUAUGAAUUAUAUAAAUUACUAUAUA